AUGGCGACAAUUUCUUUAUCAAAUGGCUUGAAAACUCUGUUCACUGUUCUCGGUGCUCUCAUGCUUGCUCUCCUUCUUUACACACUCAUUACCGACGGUUUCCCCUUUCGCAAAGAACUUCUCACUCCGUGGAUGGCAGCAACUUUGAUUGAUUUCUAUAUCAACGUUACAAUUUUGAGUGCCUGGGUUGUGUACAAGGAAGCAAAUUGGGUCAGCUCAAUUAUAUGGAUAAUUUUACUUAUCUCCCUUGGAAGCAUUACUACAUCUGCCUAUAUUGUGUUGCAAUUUUUGAAGCUGUCAUCUCAAGAAUCUUCACAGGACCCUAUGAGCUAUGUUCUUUUACGACAUCCACACAAGAGUGGCACAGAACCAAAAACAAAGUGUUCUGUUGUUGUGGCUCUAAGAAUCCUUUUCAGCGUUUUGGGUGUUGUCAUGCUUGGAACCUUGGUAUACACUCUUGUCACUGAUGGUUCUCCUUUCCGUACGGAGCUAUUGACUCCGUGGAUGAAAGCAACACUAGUUGACUUCUACAUCAAUGUUGUGGCCCUAGCAGUCUGGGUGGCCUACAAAGAAUCUAGUUGGAUUUAUGCUGUCUUUUGGGUUAUUCUAUUGAUAUGUUUUGGCAGCAUCACUUCAUGCAUCUACGUUGUAUGGCAAUUGUUCCAAAUAUCUUAUCAGGAUCCCGCUUACCUUAUUUUAGUGCACCAUAGUGACAGGGCAGAAAACAAAUAUAAGGGGAUUUCUGCUGAUGCAACAUAG